GCGGGGAAGCGCAGAGCGAAAGCUCCCCGGGUGGGAACUGAAGUGACGGCCCGAGGGAGCUGCCCGUCCGGGCGGUUCAGCGGCGGGACCGGGGCUGAGGCGCGCACGUGUGGGCGCCGCUGGCGGAGGGAGUGCCCGGCGCGGUCGCCGCCGGCCGGGCCAGGAGCGCGCGUGUGCCCCGCGAUGCUGCGGCGCCCGGACUGCGCCCGACUGCGUUGCCGCCUGCCCCGGCUCGCCUCGCCUCAGCUCCGGGAAGGGCAGCGCCGCUGCCGCUGAGUCCCCGAGGGCAUGCCAGCGGGCCUCACGGAGCCGCCGGGCGCCGCUGCUCCGGUGGUCGCGAGCGCCUCGGGGACCGUGAGCAUGGCCCCCGCCGCCGCGCUGCCCGUGCGGGUGGAAAGCACCCCGGGGGCCCUGGGUCCUGUGACUAAGGCGCCUCCUGGCAGUGUCUGCGUGGAAUCCGUGGCGCCCCAGCCCCUGCCAACCCCAGUGGGGACGCUAGUGACCAAAGUGGUUCCUGUCACGGCUCUUCCUAAACUCGGCAGCCCCCGGCUGCCAGCUCCUCAGAUAGUCACCGUGAAAACUCCGGGCACCACGACAAUCCAGCUGCCUGCUAAUUUGCAGCUGCCUCCAGGGACAGUUUUGAUCAAAAGUAACAAUGGUCAGUUGAUGCUGGUAUCUCCUCAGCAAGCUGUAACAGGAGCCAAGACCACAAGUAACAUAACUCCAAGGCCAGCAGUACCAGCAAAUACUCAGACAGUCAAGAUCUGUACCGUGCCGAAUUCUAGCUCACAAUUAAUGAAGAAAGUAGCAGUGACUCCUGUUAAUAAUUUGACACAGAUAGGAACUACUGUGGCAUCCACUGCCUCCAGUGCUUCCUCAGGACAAUCUGUGACUGUACCUCCUGUCAAGCCAGUGAGUACUGUACCUAUCCUGAAGCCAUCACGUGUGGGAGUGUUACCUACCCCCUCAAAUGACUCCAGUCUCAAAGCAGAGACCCCAGUAGCUGCUCAGAUUAGUCUUUCUCCGGCAGUGCUAGAAAAUGUGAAAAAAUGUAAAAACUUCCUUUCAAUGCUAAUAAAACUCGCUUGUAGUGGAUCUCAGUCUCCAGAAAUGGGGCAGAAUGUGAAGAAGCUGGUGGAACAACUCUUGGAUGCAGAAAUUGAAGCAGAAGAAUUUACUAGGAAACUAUAUAUUGAACUCAAGUCUGCACCUCAGCCACACCUUGUACCUUUUCUUAAGAAGAGUGUGGUUGCCUUAAGACAACUUCUCCCUAACUCCCAGAGCUUCAUUGAGAACUGUGUUCAGGAACUCUCUGGUGAGGUGGUCGUUCCCUCCUGUACCACGACAGCAACAACUUCUGUGGUGACAAGUACUGUUUCCCCCGUCCUUGGCUCUGGAGCAGCAACACCCAGAACUCUGUCUGUUCAGACUCUGAAUCCACUUUCUGGUCCAGGAGGAGCAAACACUGGGGUUGUGACACUACAUUCUGUGGCCCCAGCUGCUGUGGCAGGGGGUACAACACCUGCGACUGUGUUGCUGCAGACUUCAAAACCACUUACAACGUCGGUACCAAAUCCAGGGACAGCAGUCUCCCUUCAGCCUGAGAAGCCAGUUGUGUCUGGGGCAGCAGUUACACUGGCCCUUCCAGCAGUAACUUUUGGAGAAACUUCAGCUGCACCUCUUUGUCUUCCAUCUGUAAAGCCUGCCAUCACCUCUGCUGGGACCAAACCUGAAAAAACUGUCAUUGGCCCUCCAGUCCAGAUGAAACUUGCACAGCCAGGCCCCUUCCUUCCACAGUCAGCUGGCAUUGCACAGGCAGUCAAAGUCAAGCAACUAGUAGUUCAGCAGCCUUCAGGAGGCAAUGCAGAUCAAGUGACCACCAUUUCCCAUUCAUCACCAUUGACCACUCAGAAAUGUGCACCGAAGAUGCUAGCGAAUACUAUAGGGCCUACUACUUCCAUCAUAAAACAAAUUACUCUGCCUGGAAAUAAACUUCUCUCGCUUCAAGCUCAUGCAUCUUCUAUUCAUAACAAUAAAAUAAAAGAGAAUGGAGCAACACGCUUCAGAGGUGAAGAUGACAUCAAUGAUGUGACUUGCAUGGCCGAGGUCAACCUUGAUGAAGAAAAUGCCUGCAUCUUAGCAACACAUUCUGAAUUUGUUGGCACACUCAUUCAGUCAUGCAAAGAAGAACCAUUUCUUUUCACUGGAGCUCUACAAAAGAGAAUUUUAGACAUUGGUAAAAAGCAUGACAUUACGGAACUUAACUCUGAUGCUGUGAACUUGAUCUCCCAUGCAACACAGGAGAGAUUACGAAGCCUUCUAGAGAAACUGACUACAAUUGCUCAGCAUCGAAUGACUGUUUACAAGGGAAGUGAAAAUUACAUCUUGUCUACCGAUACCCGAUCACAACUCAAAUUUCUUGAACAGCUAGAUCAAUUGGAGAAACAGAGGAAGGAUCUAGAAGAAAGAGAGAUGUUACUAAGAGCAGCCAAGAGCCGUUCCAAUAAAGAAGAUCCAGAACAGCUGAGAUUAAAGCAGAAGGCCAAAGAGUUGCAGCAAUUGGAGCUCGCCCAGAUCCAAUACAGAGAUGCUAAUCUCACAGCUCUUGCAGCUAUUGGACCACGGAAGAAGAGAUCACUAGAAUCAGGAAAUGAGGGCUUCAAAGAUAACCCUUCUGCUUCUGGGACGUCCACCCUAACAGCCACCAAACCAUUGCUUCGACCAAGAAUCACAAGAAUCUGCCUCAGGGACUUGAUAUUCUGUAUGGAACAGGAAAGAGAGAUGAAGUAUUCUCGAGCCCUAUACCUUGCCCUUCUGAAGUGAUCACUCCAUCCAUCCACCCAUCCAUCCAUCCAUCCUUCCAUCCUUUUGUCCAUCCAUCCAAAUGCUCACUGUUUACUGCCAAAGAAGAUAUAGAGAGCACUGUUGCACUGUCCUGAAAUCUACUCUGGAAAAUAGUCACCAGUAUGGAAGACCACUGUUUACACUGACAAGCUCGCGCUUUCUUUUUUCUUUUUUUAAACUAAAUUUUGUCUGUAUGUCCUGUGGGUUUUUGCAGAUGAGAAUUCAGAUGCUUUCUGAAAGUCAGUACUUUAGAGUAUACUUUAUAUAUAAGUAUCGCCUACCCACCUGCAUUCAAUUACAGCAGCUAGGGAUUCCCUCUUAUCGUCUCUGUUUUCUGUUUUGUUUUUUCACACCAUAGCAAUAAGGUACCACUCUCAGAUACAGACUGCAUCUAGAUGUAGGAGAAAGGAAGCAUCAGAAUAUAUCCUGUACUGAACCUGUCUCCUAGUAUUAGAUUUCAUGUCUGCAAUUAGAAGUUAGGUAGCUAACUGUGACAGGUACCUUCUGAAGUUGACAUGUGGCAAGCCACAGCAUAGGGUCACUCUCGACUUGGAUUAGCUGAACUAGAAUUACAAACACAGCUGAUGGGACCAUUUGUGCCUGAGGUUGCUGUGUCUCUGGCUCCCCACACUGCACUGUUUAUGAUACCUAGUGAGGCAUUCUUGUCAACUAAGUUUCAAAGCUGAGUUGCUACUGAUAUACCUCACUGAAAAAUGGAAAAACUAGAAAAUAUUAGAAGGAAUAUGAGGACUUGCAUUCAAAUUGACAAGUGAAAAAUGAAAAUGGCAAUAUGAAACAGAUAGGUAUACCAUGUGCCCAAGGAGGGUGACUGCACUUGGAAUGAAUGACAAAGCUGGUUCUUGUUUUGGUGAUGGCAAAAAAAAAGAAAAAAAAAGAAGAGCGAGAGAGGAAAUCAUAGAUCAAUCAAAGAAGAAAACCAGGCAAACAUUUAGUUACAGUAUUUCAAAAGAUUCCUCUUUUUUUUUCUUUUUUUAUUUUUGUAUUAUCUUAUUUCCCAAGAUGGAGUUCUUUCUUUCUUUUGCAAAGAAUCUCCCAGUUACUUUAUGUUUUAAGCAUCGAGUGCUUUUCAAAACCUCUAACUGCUGGCAAGAACAUUCUAGGACACCCUUCGAUUGUCUAAGAGGUGCUUUCAGAGUUUCACCCUUGGGGUUGUGGCUCUGUGAGCAACACAUUAUGUACCACUCUGCACGGAGGAAUCCGAUACUCAAGACACCUCCCCUCUUUUUAAAAUCUACCUAUGUAAAUUAUAGCUGACAAAAAAAUAAUAGUGGAAUUGAAAUCACAUACCAAAAGAAUGCCACACCCUCCCAGAAGAUAAUUAAAGGAAAAUACUAGGGGAAAGAUUCAGAGGGAACACCUCUAGUAUAUUACUAUACAUUCUUCUGUUCUUCCCACAGUAUCUGUUAUGGCCAUAUUCUAUAUUGUUAUAAGAGUUUAAUUGGCCACAGUUUUUGUUUUAGCAAGUUAUGUAAAAUGCCAUAAAUUAUGUAUAUGUUUAAAAAGUAACUUAACAAGAAAUCUAUAUCCAAAGUUGUUUUGUAUAUUUAAAUGCUUAGCUUUAUUUUUUGUAAAGUACAAUGUGCUUCCACAUCUGUGUAAUCUUAGUGAUCAGAUGUUUAAAAUUAUUUAAAAUACACCAUUAAAGCCAUUAUUUUAUGAUUAAAAAACCAACAAAACACAAAACUUUGCUCAGUCACUGACUUUGCAGCAGUUUUCAU